AUUAAGAAUGUAAGAUUAAGGAAGGCGAUUCCGGCUUCUGUCGGAGGGUCGCAUCCACCUCUCUCAGCCCGCAGGGGAGCGGAGCGGUGUUCCCGUUGCACCGUUCCCCCCGGCCUUUGCCGGAAGUGCCGGCCGGCCUUCAGGGCGGGGGCGGCGCUGUGAAACCGGCGCAAGAGUCGGGCCGAGGAACGACUGGAAGCCGCAGCCCCCGACAGGGAGAGGGCCAUGAACGGCACCGCGAACCCGCUGCUGGACCGCGAGGAGCACGGCCUGAAGCUCGGCGAGAGCUUCGAGAAGAGGCCGAAGUCGUCCUUCCACACCAUCCGCUAUGAUUUUAAGCCAGCAUCUAUAGAUACUUCAUGUGAAGGAGAACUCCAAGUUGGCAAGGGAGAUGAAGUCACAAUUACACUUCCACAUAUUCCUGGAUCAACACCUCCAAUGACUGUGUUCAAAGGAAACAAAAGGCCCUAUCAGAAAGACUGUGUUCUCAUCAUUAAUCAUGAUACUGGGGAAUAUGUAUUGGAAAAGCUCAGUAGCAGCAUUCAGGUCAAGAAAACAAGAGCUGAAGGAAGCAGCAAAAUCCAGGCCCGAAUGGAGCAGCCCCCUUCUCGAGCACCACCACCUCCUGUGCCAUUCAGAGCCCCAAUGAAACCACCAAUUGGACCAAAAACAUCCCCUGUGAAAGAUAAUCCUUCACCUGAACCUCAAUUGGAUGACAUUAAAAGAGAGCUAAGAGCAGAGGUUGAAAUCAUUGAGCAGAUGAGCAGCAGCAGCGGGAGCAGCUCCUCAGAUUCUGAGAGCUCUUCAGGCAGUGACGAUGAUAGCUCCAGCAGUGGAGGAGAAGAGCCAGCUGCCCGCGCCUCACCCUCCCAGCCUCCUCACCAGCAGUUCAGUCACAGGAACCCCAUGGCCAAUGGCACCAGCCGGCCCUCUGGAAAUCACCAGCUGAUGAACACCCUUCGAAAUGACUUACAAUUGAGUGAAUCUGGCAGUGACAGUGAUGACUAGCUCUAGAGCUUCCUACAUCCAUCUCUUUGGCCAGAGAACACGUGGAGACAGCAGGAUGCUAGCAAAAAGCCCAUCACCAAGGAGAGCGCUUGGGGAAUUAGUGAUCACUGAGGAGUUGGGGAGAGGGGAUCCAAGCCUUGUCACAGAGCCCGAGCAGGAGUGCUCUUGUAUAUAUUUUGUGAAUAAUCUGUUUUAAAAGUUUUACUUAGGUCUAUAGAGUGAAUGACUUAAGAGGGUUUUGUUGUUGUUUGGUUAAUAUUGUGGAUGAAAAACCUGAACAGUUGGGGGAUAGUCUUGGUUAUUCCAAGAUUGAAUGAUAGACAUCCUUGGCAGUCACUAGUUAUGUCAUCUUCAUUGCCAAAAGAAAUUAUUUGGCUUUUGGGGGGCAAUCAGCACCCCUAUAGAAUAUUAAAGCCACUUCAAAUUAUUGAGCACAUGGAGAGAAAGGUUGUAGACUUCCUUGCCUAACUAGACCUCACCCUAUAGGCCAGUGAAGACGAAUUUAGGGCAUAGACUUGCCAAGGUAGAGAGAACAUUGUUUAUGAUCCAUGCCACACCCCUCAUUUUCCAAAGGAGGGAAGACUUAGACAGGCAGAGGCACACAGCUAAUGAAUAACAAAUGGGAGUAAAGCCCAGGGCUCCAGCACUUUCUCUAUUGUUCCAUAAUAUGCCUCCCAUUCUAUUUAAUUAACCAAAUAUUUAUUGAACACCUACUGUGUGCAGAACUUAGGUAUGUAGCAAAACCAUUGAUUUGUGUGCAUAGAGCAAUCAGAUACGUAUUGGAGCUUUGUACCUAGACUGUGAAUGUCACAGCUGCCAUUUAAUUCUAGUUUGAAUUUGAGCCAGUUAAAGUUGGCUCUGUACAGGACAGAAGAACCCUAUGUUUGGCCACAGUGCCUGGAUGACAUUGGAAAUUUGAGUCCUGAGUUGUUAAGGGAAACCCAUGAGCCCACAUUUAUCUUUCAUUAGACGUGAUUGAUUCAGUGGCUUUUGAAAGGAAUGGGUUUUUAAAACAAGAAGUAGGAAUGGACAUGAAUAUAGGAGUUAGAGGAGAAAACUACUGAAUGUAUACAAACUGCAAGUGAGUUGAAAAGAAAAAGUCCCAGCGAAGAAUUUGGAAGUAUCAAAUGAGAAUACUGUAACUCUCCUUGAUUUGGGGGAUUUUUUUCCUCCCAUGCUUUUAUAAAACUAUGUUUAAAUUACAAGUUGUAUUUUUAUACAGCUGGAAGCGAGACAGAAUAUGCCCUCUCUUGUACAAAUCUUCAGCAAAAUGCUUAAAUUACUGAUGAAAUGGAAAGAUUGUUCUAGGACAACAAUCCUUAGUUAUAAUUAAGUGUACCUUAUUAAGUGUAUGUACAGUAGGCCUCCAUAUUGUCUAAAUGAACAAACAUCCCAUUGCCUAUAAUCAGAAUACAGAUUAUUUAACAUGAAAAAAAAAAAAAAGAAUGUAAGAUUAAGCUGGCAACGUGCAAGAUGAUCUAAAGCAGAGAUUCUUUACUACUUUAGUGUGUCAUGGAAGCCUAUAUAGACUCUUAUCUCAGAAUUUUUUUUUAAAUCAUAAUUGAAAGUAAUGCUAAAUUUCAGUUAGAGAUGAAUAAAAAGCCAUAAUUAUUUUCCCAUUCAAGUUCACAGAUCCCUUGAAACUUAUCUAAUCCUGGGUUAAGGAUCUCUAAUCUAACAUCAAGAAGCUCUUGUUUAGAGGGAGAGUUUGCAGCAAAUCCUAACAUCUUGUUGAAAUAACAGUUAGAUAAAGAGGCUAGGCUUUUCUAAUCUAAAGUGGAAAUGUCAACACUUGGAGCUGUGAAGUGGAGCUUAGUUGAGAUGAUAGAGCUAUGGAUAUAAAUUAGGGAAUUAUCUAGAAAUUCCAUCCUAGCAUCAUUAGAGGAGACAGCUAUUGUAGCCUAGCCAUCAUCCAGAGAGGUUGUGACUUAUUUUGUUAAUCAGUCAUUUUCAGUCAUUUCUAACUCUUCAUGACCUGCUGCUUUGGAGUUUUCUUGGCAAAGAUAUUGGAAUGGUUUGCCAUUUUCUUUUCCAGCUCAUUUUAUGGUUGAAGAAACUGAGGCAAACAGGAUUAAGUGACUUGCCCAGGGUCAUAUAGCUAAAAAGUAUCUGAAGCUGGAUUUUGCAAUGAUUAAAAUUAAUAUCCAGUACUCCAAGUAUAUUUAAUACUAUUUAUUAAAUAUUUAUCUUGAAGUAUAAGGAAGUAAGGCUAGCAAAACUAAAAAAAGAAACACUCCUCCCUCCUCCACCAUGGAAUCAGAGAGACCACAUGGGCGGAAACAGCACCCAAAAACUCUCCCCAUGUAUGAAGACACAAAAACAGGAAAAGGAAAAGGGGAUUGUGGGAAAUGUAGUCUCUAGGCUCAAGAUUCUAAAUCAACACAAUUUGAAUUCACAAAAAUGAGUCUUCUUGAUUUGAGGCCCAGUAUUCUACACAUUGUGCCACUUAGGAGCCCUGUGACUUAUUUAAUUAUGCGCUAAUAGUGAAUGGUAAAUCUAGGACUAGAUUCAAGUCAUCUGAGAACCUGGUCCAUUGCUUUUUCCCUCAUAUACUAUGAUGUUGCCCUUCAUCUCUCCUGACUCUAAAGAGCUUUGAGAAGCUAAAAAAUCUUCCCUGCCUCCCCCUCCUUCCCUUUUCCCCUCUUCACUGUUUCCUUCCCUCCCUCCCAUCUCACCUCCUCCCCCUUUUCUUUCCAGUAUCUCCACCCCACAUUGACCUGUUUUUGUUUUUUUUUUCCCUUAGGAUGAUGUCUAUCUGCUCCGGGUCUCAUCAUAUGGGUCAAGGAAGAGCAUUAUGUGGAUGUCUUGAGUCAUGGAACAUUUUUUAGAGUAAACUCAGGUAUCUCAAAGCUCUAUAUUAACAAAAAACCAGCAUACACGCACAUUUUUAAUGUUAACAUGAAUAUUCAGAAGGAAAAGUUGAUUAUUAAAAUGAUGGAGGAAAAGUUCCAUUACCACAAGUAUUUAUAAAGAAUACUCACACUAAGGACUAGUAAAGGUUCAUCUAAUUCUUCUAGAGUGGGUAAUGUCCAGGAUCCAAUCUUUUCUGACAUUCCAUGACUUCGUGGUGUUGGGAAAGUCUCUAUAGAUGUUUUCUAGAAAGAAAAAAAUCAAUCAGUGUUUGAAUGCCUCAAAUCUUGUGAAGUUGAGUGUUCCUAGGGAUUUGUAUAUAAGCUCUCAGUUGUAAAAUUUGGCUGCCUUAUUAGAUUUAUGACGAGAUUCCAAAUAGCAAAAAAAUUUCUUUUCAGUAAAAUUGGAGUAGGAAUCAUAGACUAAUUUAUUAGACUUGUGUCCUGGCCCUAGUUAUGAUAACUAAUAGAACCCUAUGACCAUAGCUUUCAUCACUCUGAAUCAUCAUUAUUAUACUUAUUUUUAAAACAGGGGGAGUGAAGGAGAUGGGUUGGAAUGGGAGGAUAAUACCUUUACGUUCCUUACCUUAGAGUUGUUGAAAUAAUGAUCAAAUGAGAAAAAAAUAAUCUUAAAUUGUAAAACACUAUACGAAUGUAAGUUAUUAUAUUUCAUGUAGCUUGAAAAGUGCUUUGUACAUAGUAGUUUCUCAGUAAACAUUUAUUGACUGACUCAGAAUUAAAGAAAAAUAACACUUGUCUUCAGUAGACUUGUAGACUGGAACUUUGAACAAGUUAAGACAAUAAAAAAAAACUUUUUUUUGGAA